AUGAACAGUGGUAUAUGCGUAUUCUUCAACCCUAGGGCAUAUUAUAUCUGCAUUAUGGCUCGUACCAAGCAGACUGCUAGGAAGUCCACUGGAGGAAAGGCUCCUAGGAAGCAACUCGCCACUAAGGCUGCGAGGAAGUCCGCUCCUACAACAGGAGGAGUGAAGAAGCCUCAUCGUUAUCGUCCCGGAACGGUCGCCCUUCGUGAGAUUCGCAAGUACCAGAAGAGUACCGAGCUGCUAAUUCGGAAGCUUCCCUUUCAGCGGCUGGUUCGCGAAAUUGCUCAAGACUUCAAGACGGACCUGAGGUUCCAAAGCCAUGCCGUGCUCGCGCUCCAAGAAGCUGCCGAAGCUUAUCUCGUUGGUUUGUUCGAGGACACGAAUUUGUGCGCCAUUCAUGCCAAGCGUGUCACCAUCAUGCCUAAGGACAUUCAGUUGGCUCGGCGCAUCCGUGGAGAGAGGGCAUAG